UUGGCAGGCUCUGCAGUUUUUUGUCCAAUGGCUGCAUGGAGGUCCAGUCAAGCCCCACCGACUGCACUGUUGUUGAACAAGACCGAAUAAAUGGCAGUUGUGUCGUCGUCCUUUUUUUCUCGGAAGUGAGUAGAAUCUGACAGCAAACCAAGAAAACUACUCCCAAUGAGUACGCGGGCUUUGGAAAUUGCUGUAGAGUAGCUGUGUUUGUGGAUUCGUGUCCUUCGCCCUGUGCGUAACGACGUAAUUAACCCGAAAUGGUGUAAAUGCUCGUGUUUGUAACUCUUCGGCGAGAGGAUAUGGCUCCGUGCGCUGGGAGCGGGCGUGAAGUACUUAUGUUUGGCCAUGUGACGAAGAUCAACUCUGAGGAUGCAAGCUGUCGAGAGGUUUGGGAGUGUGUAUCCCGGUGGCUUCCACAGGCCUGUUGUUGUAGAGGGCACAAUUGCAGAAUCUCAGCUGAUCUGUCGUUCUGAAGCCUGGUCUGCUGCUCUCUGAGUCGUCCCCUGCCCUGCCCUACCCACCAUGUGGACGUGCAUGUCCUACAAUGGGACUCUCGACAGUGUGGACUAUCGCGCGUGCCAGGACCUCGGCUUUGCCAUCUCCGUCAUCUCCCUGCUCUACCUGGCGCUCUGCUUCCCCCUGGGCCUCUGCUGCAACACCUUGCUCGUCGUCGUCAACCUCACCAACAAGGUCUCCAUGACAAUGCCGGACGUGUACUUUGUGAACAUAGCGAUCGCGGGGCUGCUGCUGAACCUGGUGGCAGCGGUGGAGCUGAUGGGCCCGAGCUUCACCAUGUGGCCACUGUGGGAGCACAAUAACAAGGUGCACAUCACGCUGCUGAUCCUGUUCAACAUCUCCUCCCUGGUGGGCAUGUACUCCACCACGCUGCUGAGUCUGGACUACUACAUCGAGCGUGCGCUGCCGCGCACCUACAUGUCCAGCGUCUACAACACCAAGCACGUGUGCGGCUUCAUCUGGGGCGGAGCCGUACUCACCAGCUUCUCCUCGUUGCUCUUCUAUGUCUGCAGCCAUGUCUCCACCAAGGUGAUCGAGUGCUCCAAGAUGCAGAACAAGGAGGCAGCGGACGCCAUCAUGCUCUUGAUUGGCUACGUGGUUCCCGUGGUAGCCGUGCUCUACGCGCUGCUGCUCAUCUUCCGCAUCCGCAACAAGGCCACGCCCCUAGACAUGGACUCCGCCCAGAUGGACCCCUCCAUGCACUGCCUGCUGCUGGCGCUGGUCUGCAUCCAGAUCCUGCUCUGGACGCCGUAUUACAUGGUGCUGCUGGCACACACGGUGCUGGCGCCGGGCAGGGAGGCGAGCAGGGCAGGACAUGUUAGCGGCGUCACCGCCACCUCCAUGCAGCUCUUUCUGAGGUGCCUGUCGGUGCUGCUGGCCCUCUCCAGCAGCUUCGCCAUCCCUCUGGUGUAUAAACGAAUGAACAAGAACUUCUCCCAAAAACUGAAGGAGUUGCUGAGCCAGCUCGCGUGCCGGCAACAGGCGUGCUCGCACGAACAGUCUUUGGCACAGCACGCCGUUACAUGAUUAGAUGACGGUAAGCGGUUAGUGGUUAGCGGUGAGCAGCGCUGGACUUUUGCAAGCACAUGAGAAGCAAUUGCGAUUUUGGAUUAUUUUGAACUGAGAAAUGACCCGGGCAUUUUAAAAAUGUACCUUACAGGUCCCUUUUUACGCGAAUCAUAUCCAAUUAUCCAGUCUGAUCAAAGCUUUUAAUCAAUUAAUCUUCAGGCACUUAAUGUAACGGUGCCUUAAGUAUGAACUAUGACGUCGUUUGUUUGUAUGUAUUAUUUUCAUUCAUGUGCACCUGUUGGUCUUGAUUAGAUAACAUAGAUAUACCUCACUUUCAAGAAAGGGCAUUACAGUGGGAUGCUUCCGAGGGCACAAGAACUAUAUUACCAGAGCAUGAAACUCAAUUUUUAGAGUGGCUAACUCUUCACAUUGGCACUGACUUCUGACAGAAGGCGUGUCUGACAGAAUGUUGGUUGUCUUUUUGUAUGUUACAUUCAUACACAAGGAUCCGCUGCAACCGUCAAAGUUGAAAAUUCUGAACUUAUGGCAGAGGCAAUGAAGCCGAUGGUCCCCAUAAUGCAUUUCACGGUGAAAUGCAUUAUGGGGACUAUCGCGUCCACCAUGCAAGCCAGUGCGAUUCGUCAACGGUUAGUGCCGGGUUAUCGAAAGUACCCACAGAAACACUCACACUACAUAUUAUAAAACACAGGCUGCUAUUCAACCCACUCGCUUUGCCCAUGGCCCAUGGAGUUGAGAAUGUUGCAAAAACUGAGAAAAGAAAAUUGGAAGAAGACGCGUCAAAAUACUGACAUGUAAUAACAGAAUUAGCUAAUUUACAUGAGUUUAUCAAAUGUCAGUGUUAAGAUUUUGCGGUUUCAACUAACAAAAGACUGAGAAGAUGUUGAGGUGAUGUUUUAAGAGAAAAGGAUUCCCUGCUUUUCAACUUUUCAAGGCCCUGAAUUUACACUCAUGAGAAAAUAAGCUGAUUUCUAAAACGUUCGCCUUACAUAAUUAUGCUAUGUAAUUUAUAUGGAGAAAUAUAAUUUUUGUGUGUAUGUAUUUUUCUGUAUUUUAUGCUUAAUGGCGAGUCGAGGGAGUGCUACAGUACAGUUUAACACUAGGCUACGAAGCCUAUGCAGAGAGAGACUUAUUUGUGUUACAUUUGAAAAUAAACUGUCAAAUGUGAAGAUUCCUGUGUAAACCAACUUUUUUAUGUUUUCUAAUAUGAUUAUAGUCUCUUGAUUUUUUUACAGUAAAGUAACAGCUGUUUAAGAACCAAAAUGGUUAGAAAACAUGAUCAAGAUAAUUUUGCCUUUGUGCGAACUAACUUGUGCCACGCUAAGUAGUUUUCAUCUCUGGAAUGGAAAAUUAGGUGCUCAUUAUGAUCAGUUGAUUCAGAAAGCAUAGUUGUCAGCAGUUAGCAACUAGUUGUGAAUGGGAAAUUGUAUUGCAAACAACAAAGUAGCUAACAUAGUUAGCAACUAUGGUUUCGAGAAAUGCACCCCUGAGUUGUAAUUUCACUUUCUGAACCUGCGGUUUACAUGUCUCCAAAUGUGUUACAUGUGUUGGUAAUAUAGCCUACUAUUAUAGCACAUGCAGGGCCGUGGGGACAGCUUUGGCCGGGCCCAGGACAUAGUCAUCUGAAAGGCCCCCCACACCCAAUACAUACAGUGGACCCAAUUCUGACCAGCCAAUCCCACCCCAACCCCUCCUUGGGUCUAGGACAACUGACCCUUGAGUACAUGACGUAUUCAUGUUCAAAAACCAUUAUCUUGGCAGGCUGGUAAUGAAGGCAUUCGCUCCUCUUAAUGACCUCCAUGUGUAUAUGCCGUUAUAUUGCACUGUAUGUAUGUGUAUGUUAUAUGUAAGCAAAAUACUAAAUCAGACCCAUUUUAAAUCUCAACAUCAAUGUCGUAUACAUUUGUCUGUUUGUUGCGUUCUAAUGUGUUUGUUGACCCUGUGAUGAAUCUAUUUGAAUGAAAUAAAGAAAAAAACAGAAU